UGGUUUCUUCAUUAAGACAAAGCUCAAUAGCCACUAAUUUUUCGGGAACCUUUUCAUCUAUGAUAUUCAAUUAUGGAAGUUGUACUGUGUUUUUUUUAAUAAAUACUUGUUAGGAGCUAUGAUGUUUUAUAGCAAUUUAGUACAGUAUGGUGGAAUGGUCAUAUAUUAUUAGAAGUAAUUCUUGAUAUAUUUGCAGAUUCAGAUUGUGACUUUGUGAGUGAGUAAGACAGUCACCAUAUCACUCUCUCCACUUGAGAAUCAGCAACAGAUGUCAGCUUCCAACCAAAAAGGAUAAGAAAUGUUUUUAUACUUACUGAAGAUUGAAGAAGAAGAAGAAGAAGAAGAAGAAGAAGAAGAAGAAGUGAAGAACCCAAUUGUUUUGGCCAACGUACUCCAACUCUACACCUUCUCACUUGACAGAAUUUAAUGGCUGAGAAUUUAACUAAAGCCUCAUCAGAAACAUCAUCGUCACCGAUGACACCAAUUGAAUCUCCCAGGAAAAAUGUAUUGAGUAGAUUAAUUUGUUUUGGUAGCACUUGUAAAGGAAGCCCGACUUUGAGACUUAGAAGGCGGCUUCGUGGUGACGUUGAGGAGGAGUUUCAAUAUGCUAGUUCUGAUUGCUUAUCAUCAUACUAUAGUGUCUUUGUGGUCCGUCUUGCCAUAAUGGCUCUUCUGGCAAUUUUGAUAGGGAUGCUAACUAUACUGACAUGGCACUUUACGCGCGUCUACACAACUAAAUCAUUGGAUAACCUUGCUUCUGGACUUCGCUUCGAGCUUCUUCAACGUCCCUUGUUAAGAAUGUGGAAUAUUGUUAACUCUACCGUUGAGGUAACAACAGCGCAGGUCAAUCUCUCAGAGCUUAUCAUCAAAAAGUACAACACUUUGCCAGUAACUCAAGAAAACCAAGUUGAGCUGUAUCAAAUGAUGAAGGAUGUAAUGUGGGCGUUGUUUGCGAGUCGUAAAGCACUUAAUUCAAUGACAAUGAACUAUAAAAAUGGGUUUAUCCAGGCUUUCCAUAGAGAUCACAGAAACAACAAAACAUUCUACAUCUACUCUGAUCUUGCAAAUUAUUCAAUCAGUGCAGCCUCCUAUGACGUCAGCAAGGUUUCUUCUCACCAGCGUUGGAAUGAUCAGUCAAUAAAAGGAAACCUUUCUACAAUUUGGUAUCGCGAACUACUUGAUCCUGUAAGUGGUGUGAAGAUAGGAAAACAAGAGCAAAUUCCUCCUGACGAUUUGAUAAAUGUUGCUGGACCCUCACAAGUACCUGAUGGAGUUGCUUCAUGGCAUGUAUCAGUAAGCAAGCAUACAGGUUCACCUUUGCUUUCAGCUGCACUGCCUGUGUGGGACCCUACCAAUGAGAGUAUUGUUGCUGUUGUGGGUGUUACAACUGCAUUGUAUAGUGUUGGACAGUUGAUGAAAGAGCUUGUAGAGGCUCAUAGUGGUCACAUAUAUCUUACCUCUCAAGAGGGUUAUUUGCUUGCCACUUCUACUAAUGCCCCUCUCUUGAAUAAUUCUGCAAAAGGUGCUAAGCUUGUAAAGGCUGUUGAUUCAGAGGAUGAUAUCAUACAACAGGGUGCUAAGUGGUUACAGAAAGAGUAUUCAAACAAGUUUCCUCCGAGCUAUGGAGUUCAUGAAGAAAAUAUUAUGCUUGGAGGCAAGAAAUAUUAUAUUGACUCCUUUUUCUUAAAUUUGAAAAGGCUUCCAAUGGUGGGUGUCAUACUCAUCCCUAGGGAAUAUAUAAUGGGGAAGGUGGAUCACAGAGCUUAUAAAACACUGGUUAUACUUAUAUGUGCCUCCGUCUGUAUACUGGUAAUUGGAUGUAUUUGCAUAUUGAUAUUGACUAAUGGAGUAUCUGAGGAAAUGAAACUUAGAGAAGAACUGAUAAACCAACUAGAUGCAAGGAGACGAGCAGAAGCAUCGAGCAAUUACAAAAGCCAGUUUCUAGCAAAUAUGAGUCAUGAGCUACGAACACCAAUGGCUGCAGUGAUUGGGUUGCUUGAUAUUCUAAUUUCCGAUGAUUGUCUCACAAAUGAGCAGUAUGCAACUGUUACUCAGAUUAGAAAAUGUUCAAAUGCUCUUCUUCGACUUCUUAACAACAUCUUGGACCUCAGUAAGGUUGAAUCUGGGAAACUGGUGCUUGAAGAAGCAGAAUUCAAUUUGGGUAGAGAACUUGAAGGACUUAUUGACAUGUUUUCAGUUCAGUGUAUCAACCACCAUGUAGAAACUCUUUUAGAUCUCUCGGAUGACAUGCCCAAGUUGCUUCGAGGAGAUUCUGUUCGAGUUGUUCAAAUAUUUGCAAAUCUUAUUAGCAAUUCUAUCAAGUUCACAACAUCUGGCUACAUAAUCUUAAGAGGAUGGUGCGAAAAACCUGGUAGUUGCAGCAACACAGGAAGGCUUCUUCUUAAUCAAGAAUCAGGUUCUUCGCCGAUGAGGAAAUCAAUGAAAAUUCCUUGGAAAAAAGAAAACAAAGUGAAACUGUGGUUUGAAGUUGAGGACACUGGCUGCGGUAUCAAUCCAAGUAAAUGGGAAUCUGUAUUUGAAAGCUUUGAACAAGCUGACCCAUCAACUACAAGAAUGCAUGGUGGCACUGGUUUGGGCCUUUGCAUUGUACGAUCCUUGGUUCGUAAGAUGGGGGGAGAAAUCAAGAUAGUUGAGAAGAAUGGGCCUGGGACAUUGAUGCAGAUAUGCUUGCUUCUUGGCACUUCCCCGGAUGUUGCUGAACAGCACAUUCAAGUAGAACUCGCUGACCAUAGCUUGAUGGUAUUACUUGCUCUAAGCGGAAGUACAGGAAGAUUAAUCAUGUCCCAGUGGCUAGAUGAAAAGGGGGUUUCUACUUUGCAAGCGUCUGACUGGAAUGAGUUAACACAAAUUCUUAGAAGAAUUUUUAAUGACAAAGGUCCACCUGAUGAAAAUUUUAUGGACAUUCAAAACCAGAUAGAACUUUUCACUGCUAAGGAUGUUAAACGGUCACAAUGUAUCAUAGUCGUUGAUAUUGGUUUGCUUGACUUGAGUACCAAUAUUUGGAAGGAGCAGCUGAAUUGCCUGAAUAGAUAUGCAGAUAAAGCAAAAUUUGCAUGGAUAUUAAAUCAUGAUACACCUAGUUCAAUCAAGAAAGAGCUUCGAACAAAAAGGCAUUUUUUGAUGGUUAACAGACCAUUGUACAAAUCAAAAAUGAUUCAGAUUUUGGAAGCUGUCGUAAAGCAUAAGGAUCUUGAACUACAAGAGAAAGGUGAAAGUGGUUCAGUUUCAACGGAAGGGGAAAUGGAUGAAUGUGUUGAGGUUGAUCCAAUUCACUACGAUGCCUCUAGCUCUGAAGAUUCUGAUAAAGGAUAUAUUGGACAUUUGAGCUCUGGAAGUGCAUGUCAAAAUAAAAGGGAGAGAAAUGUAAAACCAUCUUUCUCACAACUCUCAGCUGCAAACAACUAUCUGCUUGAAUUUGAUGAUGAAGGCUUUCCAGAAAGUAACCAGCAUGACAGUAAGAGGGAGAAUGAAAACAAUAGAAACACUUUGGCUAGGAGUAGUUCUGAAGAAAACAAAGAUAUGCUUAUAUCAAAGAAUACGAGUGAACAGAAGUCACUAGAAGGUAUUAAGAUCCUACUUGCAGAAGAUACACCAGUUCUUCAAAGGGUAGCAACAAUUAUGCUUGAAAAAGUAGGAGCUAGAGUGAUGGCUGUUGGAGAUGGAUUACAGGCAGUAAACACUCUCAAAUGCUCUUUAAAUGCCGAAGGAUGCUGCACAACAUCUCCCUUGCAAGAAGGGAUAGUAGCAAGUAUAACUCCUGCUCUAAGCCGGAACUUCCCUCCAUUUGACUUAAUUCUAAUGGAUUGUCAGAUGCCAAAGAUGGAUGGAUAUGAGGCUACGAAAGAGAUACGAAGAUUAGAAUCAGGAACAGGUGUCCAUAUUCCAAUAGUUGCACUGACAGCCCACGCAAUGUCGUCUGAUGAGGCUAAAUGCUUGGAGGUAGGCAUGGAUGCUUAUCUGACAAAGCCAAUUAAUUACAAGCUUAUGGUUUCGACUAUUCUUUCACUAACCAGGAAAGUCACUUGACCCUCUUUUUGUAUCUCUGCAUCUUGUUAGCUUGUAGUACUUUGUAGCUACAACAGAUUUAUACAGUCAUACUAAUGAAAUAAUGACAGAAGUGAGUGAGCUGAUUAGCAUGUUUUGUAGAAAGAAAAAGUUGUACAUAAUCUUUCAUCAACUACAUCUUUUAUAUUGUAUAACUGUAAUCUGUAUGCUAUAUUGCUAUGCACAACUAGCAUAGUUGAAUAUUGAAACUGAUGUAAAUGUAAAUAAUGUAUAUAUUUGUAAUCUUAUUUUAA